UUAUUUACGUACGAAACUAUACGAAUCGCGGAUUAUCAUUCUGAUUUCUCGAAUCUUGAUUUCCUAAACCCACCCGCAGUCCGCACUAGUUUAGCUUAGUGCUUUUUGUUUGUAUAAUAACGUUUGAUGGUUAAGAAUUCGUAUCUGCCGACUGUCUAUAUUCGCCACUCAAAAGACGUUUCUAUUCCCGCUUCAUCCGUUAACCGAUCGUCGACAGGAAUCAUUCGCACAGUAGGAAAAUGGAGGCGGAAGACAAUAUCCAAAAAAUGUACAAAUACUUUGGUAUACUGGCCGACGCCAAGGAAAACAUUGCCGAGAAAGAACCUGAGUAUUUGGAAAUACUAUCAGCAGUCAAAGGAUCAACAAAAGAAAAAAGACUUGCAUCUCAAUUUAUAACCAGAUUUUUUAAACAUUUUCCAAAUCUUGCUGCUCAAGCAUUAGAGGCUCAGCUUGAUCUUUGUGAAGAUGAAGAUAUUUGUAUACGAAAACAAGCAAUUAAAGAUUUACCGGUAUUAUGUAAAGAGGCUAAAGAAUACCUGACUAAAAUAGCAGACAUAUUGGCUCAGUUACUUCAGGCUGAUGACCCACAAGAAUUACUUGUGGCACAGAAUUCAUUAUUAUCACUCUUUAAAAUUGAUGCUAAAGGUGCCUUAACUGGAAUAUUUAGUCAAAUGCAAUCAAAUGAAGAAAUUGUAAGGGAACGUUCUAUGAAGUUUAUAUUGAAUAAAGUAAUGGCAUUGGGUAAAGAAAUAAUUAAAAGAGAUGUAGAGGAUUUAAUAAUAGCAGAAUGCAAAAAAGUUAUGCAAAAUAUAACUUGUGAAGAAUUUGAAACACUCAUGACUAUCUUGUCAUCGACUCAUUUAAUAAAUACACCAGAUGGACAAAAAGAACUUGUUGAACUUUUGGCAAGUACAGCUGAACUUGACCAGUUUUUUAAUCCUAAAGAUUUAGAUCAAGUAAAUCGGUUCAUAACUUGUCUGGAUUUUUCUAUUCCAUUUUUUUCGGCUCAUGUAGAAUCCACUAAGUUUAUUGUGUAUAUAUGUGAAUUACUGAAUCGUUAUACCCUUAUAAAAGAUAAUGAUAAACAGUUUAUCAUUUUAAAAUCAUUAGCAGAAUUCGUACCAUAUUGUGGUAAACUGAUGAAUCCUGAAGCAGUAGUUGGACAAGUGUAUCAAGCUCUAUUAGAUUUAGUUACUGUUCCUGAGAAUGAUUCCAAUAAGAAAGUUGAAGAUAUGGAUUUACAUCGUGUUGAAGCACUUUUGUAUACUUUUCACAAACUAGGAAAACAAUGUCCAGAUUUUUUGAGCAAAGACCCUGAAAGACAGAAAGAUUUUAAGAAAAAGUUAUUGUAUGUUGGAACAUGUACUCAAACAUUUGUAAAAGUUGUCAGGCAAGACUUAAGAGAAAAGGGGGAAGAAGACGUAAAAAAUGAUCCAAUUGUUGAAAAAAAAUUAGAAGGAUUGAAAUUAGCUUGUAACAUAAAUACAUUGAUAAAAGAGUUAUUCAAUAUGCCUCCUAGAUUUAAAGCAACUGUCAACCUUUCCUGGCUUGGUGGUGCGACUAAGUCCAAACUUGCCCAAAUCAUUCAGGAGGGUAAAAAACAUGAGCCUAUUACAGUGGAUGGAAAAUCUAAACGGAUCGAUGGCAGCAAUAAUAGCCAACAACUAUAUCAGCCUCCAAAGGAUAAAUUUAGUGCCAAAUUCUCAAAUAAUACAAAUAAUAACAAUCGCCGUGGUGGUAGUAGUACUGGCUGGAACACUAAAAGAUCAUUUGAUACAAGCAAUGGUAAUCGUCGUUCAUGGCGACCAUAUUAAUAUAUAUUACGUUUCAAUUAAUUUCAAUUUUUUUUUCACACCGUGUUCUUAGUACUUUUCAUAUAAUAAGUACAUUACUGAUUUAAUUGUGAAAUGUUAAUAUUUUUCAUUUAUUUUUAAGCAAUUAUGCUAAUUAUAUAAUAUGAUUUAGUAUUAUUGAACUAUGUAUAUAUUCAAUUAUUUUCUGACCAAAUAUUUUGUAAAUUCACUUAGCUUAGCCACCUUGUAACAUUCUAGAUUUAUUCUUAAGAUUCAAAUACAGUUUUGGACAAAUAAUAAAAUUGGUUCUUCCAACUUGAAAAUAUAUAUUUUUCAUCAUACUAAGUGCAAUAUUAAAAAAAAAAAAUUUUAGAAAACAAAAGAACAGAAAAAACUUGAAACUGUCAAAAAACUUAUAAAAUAAUAUAGUUUAGUAUAUUCAUAAUUUUUUAUAAAUGGCAGUAGUUAUAUUAAUUUUUACAUUAUUACUUUUUUAUAUAAAAUGUAUGACAACUUUUGUGUAUAAUAAAACAGUAACUGUUUCUAAUGUUAUGUUUUAUUGAACCUCCGCGGUUGCUUCCGCCUUCAACAGCUGCAACCGUUUAUAUUAAUAUUUCAAAAAUUAUAUUCAAGCAGUCAUGAACAUUAUCACAAUUAUAUAUAUUAUACUCAUUACUUGUGUAUAAAUAACUUAUAGACUAUCUUUAUUUGCGGUCUACUGCCAUUUUGUAUACUACUUAACAAUAAAUAUUAAUAUAUUAGGCGGUUUACAAUGUUAUAAGUUCUACUAUCGCUGGGAUAUCCGCAUGAAUUAUUAUUUUUAACUACUGUCCAUUUUUCUUUGUAUCUCCCAAUGAUACACAUUUUAUCUUUCCUUUAAAAUCGUGCAAGUGUAGGUAAUGACAGUUAAGUAGGUUUAAUGUUAUUUGUGACGUAUUAUAGCAAGUUACUCCGACUAGUAUACAGAUUAUUAAUUAGUAAUUAUAACUAAGAGUACGCUACACCCUCGUGCGUUGUCUCUGUCAGUGGUGUGGUGAACAUUUAUAAACCUUGAUGCCCAGUAUAUAUUUCAGUACCUACAGGGCUUUAUCCCCUUAAUAUAAUAUAUAGUACAUAUAAUUAUUAUGUGACUGUAAAUAUUUUAAUUUUUGUUGUAUGUUAUUGGUUACCAUAAUGUACCUAACCACCACACCCCCCCCCCCCCC